CGUAGACUCAAUGGAGGUGAUGAGCACCGCACGAGGGAAAUCAAGAGAGCCCAUCGCUACGGGGACCAGGCGUCGUCGUAUCAGACCAUCUCGCGCCCGCGGCUUGAGGACCAGAACAGGAUGCCUCACCUGCAGAGAAAGACGCGUCAAGUGUGAUGAUGUGAAGCCUCAAUGCGGGCGGUGCUCCAAGGCAGAUCGAAUCUGUCGAUAUGCUCCAGUUACUCAGCCUGAGGGACUGCCGAGUUCCCAGCCUCCGAGUGUCGGUGCUAGCUACGUCCCCGCAGAAUCAUCGGUGCCAGUCCAUCAAGGCUCGAUUGAGAGUCAUGAGAGUCAGAGUCAGAGUCACAGUCCGAUCUCCCUGCUCAGUAUCUCCCCCUUGGAAUGGUACGACCUGCUGGCACGGGAUGCCAUCAGCAACCUUCACCGGCUCAACGGCGCUUCUUCAUCGGGCGACCCUGGAUGGAAAUUGCCCGAGAUAGCCCUCUCUCGUCGAGAGUCACCAGCGCCCGACUGUCCCGAGGCUCAUCUCGAGAGACUGGCCCAGCUGGAACAUCGAGACAACGGAAUCGAAGCCCCUUUGGUAGAUCAAUACCAGAUAUCGGAACCGUGGAAUACCCCGAAUCGGAUCGAAUUAUCUGCCGUCGACUUCAUCUUCUUUCAAUACUACAUCGAAGUGGUCGGCCCAAUCCUAGAUUUGUUUGAUACAGCACGGCAUUUCAGCAAUGUCGUGCCCCAUCUGGCACUCCGAAACACAGGGCUCUUGAAGUCCAUCCUCGCAGUGGGCGCAAAGCACAUGUCCCUCGGUCUCACGGAUGGGCCAGAGGUAGAAAGCCCUGCUCCGGCACACAUGGCUACGCAGUAUUACUAUGAAACGCUUCAUUAUCUCUCGCAGACACUUUUGUACCCGUCGUAUGCGGACUCGCGGGAGAUCCUCGCGACUGCCACCAUGAUCAGCACCUACGAGAUGUUCGACGCUGACAGUGCCUGCACCGGCGGGGACUGGGAGCAGCACUUGCGAGGUUCUUUUUGGAUCCAACGGUCUCAAGACAAUGACGGCGAGUCCGUGGACGGGCUCAGACGCGCCGUGUGGUGGGCCUGGCUCCGACAGGACAUCUGGGCGGCUUUCCAAGCCGGACGACCAACGCUCACCUUCUGGCGGGCUCGAAAACCACUCGAAGAACUGGACUCGGACGAGCUCGCCACUCGGAUUGUCUACAUCUGCGGCAAGUGCGUCGCAUAUGCCGCCUCGCACGGGCGAUCGCCACAUGAGGACCCACGGCCGAGAAUCGAGCAAGGCGAUAGACUUCUUCGUGCCCUCGACGAGUGGCAUCGUGUGCUUCCCGCUUCGUACCAGCCCGUCAUGGUCGCGAUGCAUUCUACUUCUCAGACACCGUUCCCGCCGAUACGGAUUCACCCGCCCAACCACGCGGGCGCCAUGCAGAUGUACCAUUUUGCACGAGCCACGGUGCUGCUGAACCAGCCUACGAUGGGAGGACUUGACGCUUACUGCCUUCGGGACAAACAGCUGGAUGAAAGUGUCAAGACGGUCUGCGGGAUCGCCAACGCCUGCCAGGAUCAUGAAUCCGCCAUCGCCUUUGUCAACGUUCAGGCUUUGUUCGCCGUUGGCCAGUUCGUUCGGUCGUCCGAGAUGCAGGGCGAGCUGCUCCGUACGUUGGAGAAUAUGCUGAGGAUUAGCAAAUAUCCCGCUCGGAGGCUUGUUGCUCAACUCCAGAAGGUGUGGGGGAACUGAACUAUCAGUGGAGUGAGCAAGAGAUGGAUAUAUUCAUCAUUCGUUGGUAUGUAUACUAGAACCAGUGUUCUAUAGGCUGAGAAUAAAUACAAAUAUCAUCAUACGCACAUCAGCCUACCACGCGCCUACAAUACCUGCCACCGGAAUAUCAAUACCUGUCGUAUACGAAGCUCCGUCAGAGAGCAGAUACACAUAGGCCCCCCCGAGUUCCUUGGGAUCGGCCAAUCUCGGCAUGCCACCAUAGUAUUGCAUUUUGAGGGACCAGUCCGGGGCCUGAUCCACAAAGUAGGUCAUGGCCGUCUUGAUAAAACCGGGCGAGACCGAGUUGACGCGAAUGCCAUGCUUUGCCC